AUGGCUAGUUCUUCGCGAUUUAUACUGGGUUCAUCGCCAAUACUAGAUGUACUUCAAAGAGCAGAUCUAGAAGAUUAUGAGGGUGCUUGCGUCAGAAAAGGUUUAAAAAAAGUUGAACACCUCCAACAUGUGAACGAAGAGCUUCUUAGGCAGGAAUUAGGUAAGCUUUAAUACAUGUAAUUAAAGAUAGUUCCAGGGUUUUAAUGUUUUAUUUUAUUUUUAUUAAAUAUAGUUGGUUUUUAUAUUUAGACCAAAAUGGGAGGUACGAAAUGAAAAAAGCAGCAGAUAUCAGUACAUACAUAUAGUACUCACACGUUCACUGUGUUUACAGUUGUAAUGUUUGUCCUUAAUUUCUACUGAUUUUUUCGCACUAUGUAGCGAUCAUGGUCGAUCAGGAUAUCAAAGGAGCGGAAAUUUUACUCGAAGGCGAAAUAUUUUGACGAAUAUUGUUAGGUGAAAUGGGCAUUGUUUGAGAAAGACAUUGAUCCAUGAUUCAUAUCAAGAGUAACUGAGAUUUCGCGAAGGUGCAGAGAUCGAAAGACAACACGAAAUCUCUGACAGCAUACGUGCUAACCAUGGCAAAGUUCCUCUAAUAAAAUGUUGCUCUUUUUGAUGUGUUUUUUUUCUUUUUUUUUUUACCUCAGGAAUGACUGUAUUUGAAGCAAGAAGGCUUUUAGAAGUAUACAAAGAGUCUCAGGAAUCCACAGCGGAAAUGACAAGUCACAAAAAUGCGGCGAAUAGACAAAAUCAAGCAAGCGUGAACAAGGAUAAAAACCUUGGCUGGAUCCCAAAUCCCCGGAAUGACAUGAGCAGAUUUUAUAACGAAGUGUACGAAUCAUUUUAUUUGGAACGGGUUGGCUAUUUUGGUGGAAACAAGAAGGCCUUUAAGAAAGCAUUCCAUGAAGAAGCGAGAAGGGAAUACGACAAUGAGAAGGCGGUAAAAAAAAUUAGAGAGCAAUUAGCGCAACUGAAAUCUGUAAAGGAUCCUUCUAAGGCUGGAUUUCUUCUAAGAGAAAACCACAUUCUCAAGCCGCAUGAUUCAACGACCAUAACGCAGAACAUGUUACACAUAAAGAGGGUCGAAACUUCAAUCGAAACUUUACAAAAAAACCUAAAGGAACACUUAGAAAGAACAAUCCAUUCAUCAGGUAGAGUUUUAACAGGACAUAAAACUGCACAUGACUUUGAUGAGCAAAAGCUAACCGAAUUGCAGGGUUUUAGAAAUGAAUUACACACUUUAAUAACUAGUCUAAGUCAGCUCCAAGAAACCUGCAAAGCAGCAUUUAAGCACCCCUUUUCUGCAAUGAAAAGAAAAUCAAGAAAAAGGAAACAAAAUACCCAAAAGAGUGUGAAGCGGAAAAAGGCGAGGCAUGUGGCCAGGACGACUGAGGUUCUCAAGAAGAUUGCGCCUGAUUGGUCGGAGGGUAAGAUUUGUGAGAAGGAGGAUUUGUGCGGAGACAUCGUAAAAGAACUUGGAAAAAGAGAGCAGAAAUGGGCGGUAGCUUUGAUGUUUGAUCAGUGCGAACUUUUGAAUGACAGCGCGAAAUCAGAGCUUAGAACAAUGUUAGGGUUUUCUGAAAGUGAGAGUAGCUCUAAUGCAAGUGACGGCGAUGAAAGUAGCGACCAAGACAACCUAAGUAGCAUCAAUGACAGCAAAGACAGUGAAAGAAAUAGCGAUGACGGGGCCGAUGAUAGUGAUGUAACUGAACAAUGUCAGGAGGAGGAUUCGGGAAGUGUCUUUACUGCAGUGGAAGCAUACGACAGCAGCAGUGCAGAAGACAUUGGCCCCUACUGGAACACAAUGGAAUGCACUCCUUACUAUGAGCCCAUUGAGUAG